UUCGCCUGAUCUGAAGGUGCCCGCCGUCCGCUCAGACCGAGAGGCCGCGUAAUGGAUGUGCUCAGUCGUCCUCUGCAGUGGAAGGAGGAGCCGACCUAGCCCCUCACUUCUCUCUCCAGGAAGGGAAGUGCUGGGACCCCUGAGGCAGGCAGUGUCGGGGCAGCUGCCAUCAGGCACCGCUUCUAACGGUCGGCGGCUCUCGGCGCCACAAUUUAAGCAUUGCCAGCGGGAGCUGCGCAGCUCAUUCCGCCGUCGGAGCCGCCAGCGGGGGCUCGCUCGGCAGGCGCUGUGUGGAACCGCGGUGCCGUCGGAGAGGAGGAUUAUAAUCCAGAUAACUUCCUUUGUAUUCUUGGACGACUACUUUGCCAGGUCCCCUAGGAACACAGAGAAGAUGUACAUCAAGUCAAUUGUUAUUGAAGGAUUUAAAUCCUAUGCUCAGAGGACAGAAAUCAAAGACUUUGACCAAUUAUUCAAUGCCAUUACUGGCUUGAAUGGUAGUGGCAAGUCCAAUAUCUUGGACUCGAUCUGUUUUGUGUUGGGAAUCUCCAAUCUGUCACAGGUGCGAGCUUCCAACUUGCAAGAUCUCAUUUAUAAAAAUGGGCAAGCUGGAAUUACUAAAGCAACUGUGUCUAUUACCUUUGAUAAUACUGACAAGAAAGCAAGUCCAUUGGGAUAUGAAGGUCAUGAUGAGAUCACCGUCACUAGGCAGAUUGUCAUGGGAGGUAAAAAUAAGUAUCUUGUCAAUGGCGUGAAUGCUAACAGCACUCGCGUGCAGGACCUCUUCUGUUCCGUUGGACUCAAUGUCAAUAACCCUCACUUCCUCAUUAUGCAGGGACAAAUUACCAAAGUUCUAAAUAUGAAGCCACCGGAGAUUUUAGCUAUGGUUGAAGAAGCAGCUGGUACUAGGAUGUAUGAAUGCAAGAAAUUAACUGCCCAGAAAACCAUAGAGAAGAAAGAAUCCAAACUCGAAAACAUUAGAAUGAUCAUAAAUGAGGAGAUCACUCCAACUUUACAGAAACUGAAAGAGGAUCGAGCAUCCUAUCUAGAAUACCAAAAAAUAGUACGAGUAAUAGACCAAUUAAGCCACUUCUGCAUAGCUUAUCAGUUUGUUGUGGCUGAAAAGGCAAAGAGUUCCUGCACUGAACUGUUAAAGGAAAUGCAGACUGAUGUAGAGAAAACUCAGGAAAUGAUGGCUGAAAAUGAAAAGAAGAUGGAACAACUUAAUGAAGAAGUCAUGGAGAUGGAAAAGGAAAAGGCUAAGGUAGUUGGUGGGAAGUUCCGUUCACUGGAAGAUGAGCUCUCAGAAAUGAAAAGACUUGAUACUAAAGCACAAAGUGCCCUUGAUCUCAAGAAGAAGAAUUUGAAGACUGAACAGAAUAAGUACGAAGAACUGGUAAAAAACAUGCAGGAGGAUUCUAAAGCAUUAGCAUCAAAGGAGAAAGAAAUACAGAAGAUAGAGAAAGAGCUCAAUGCUUUACGGGAAGAAAGUAAAAAAGAUGCAGAUGCUUUAGCUGCAGCACAACAGCAUUUUAAUGCUGUGUCUGCUGGCUUGUCCAGCAAUGCUGAUGGGGAAGAUGCUACUCUUGCAGAGCAGAUGAUGACCUGCAAAAAUGAAAUCAGCAAAGCAGUCACAGAGGCUAAGCAGGCUCAAAUGAAGUUGAAUUAUGUUCAAAAAGAAUUAAAGACAAAACAAGCUGAAGUUAAAAAGAUGGAUGGAGGAUACAAGAAAGACAAGGAAGCACUUGAAGCUGUCAGGAAGACAAAAGGAAAACUAGAGAGCCAAAUGAAGAUGUUGAACUAUGAAGAAGAGAAGGAAGCAACCCUUUUAGCAAGAAAGAAGGCAUUGACUUCUGACAUCAGUCGACUGAGAGAAUUGUAUGAAGGCUUAAUGGCAAAGUUUCCUCAUCUACGGUUUGAAUACAAAGAUCCAGAAAAGAAUUGGAAUCCAAACUGUGUGAAAGGCACUGUUGUGUCUCUUAUCACUCUGAAGGAUCUGUCCAAAGCAAAAGCCCUAGAAGCUGUGGCUGGCGGGAAACUCUAUAACAUUAUUGUGGACACAGAGGUUACUGGCAAAAAGCUUUUUGAAAAGGGUGAACUCAGGCGUCGAUACACCAUCAUUCCACUGAACAAAAUUUUGGCCAGAUGUGUUGGACAAAAAACAGUCAAGUUGGCCCAGGCCUUGGCUGAUCCUGGUAGCUUGCAUUUAGCCCUGUCUCUAGUUGGAUAUGAACCUGAACUGCAGAAAGCAAUGGAAUAUGUAUUUGGAACAACACUGGUCUGUGACAACAUGGAUAUUGCUAAGAAAGUGACCUUUGACAAAAGGAUAAUGACAAAGAGUGUUACACUUGAUGGAGAUGUGUUUGACCCUCAGGGCACUCUGCAUGGAGGUGCAUCCUCACAGGCUGUAUCCGUAUUGUCUAAACUUCAAGAAAUUAAAUGUGUUGAAUUAGAACUCAGGACAAAGGAAUCUGAACUUGAGGCUGUAGAGAAUGAACUGGCAAGCUUGAAGAAUGUUGCUGAAAAGUACCAGAAACUGAAGCAGCAGUGGGAGAUGAAGUCAGAGGAAGCAGAGCUGUUGCAGACAAAGCUUCAUCAAAGUGCUUAUCACAAACAAGAGGAGGAGCUGCUUGUCCUGAAGAAAACCAUUGCUGACUGUGAAGAGACAUUAAAGAGAACUGAAGAGAACAAAAAGAAUGCAGAAGAUAAAUACAAGGUAUUAGAGAAUAAAAUGAAAAAUGCAGAAGGAGAACGUGAAAAAGAACUAAAAAAUGCCCAGCAGAAUCUAGAUGGUGCCCAAAAAAAGGCAGACACUUCAAGCAAAAAAAUGAAAGAAAAGCAGCAGGAGGUUGAAGCCAUAGUUCUGGAACUUGAAGAGCUCAAACAAGAACAGGCCUCCUAUGAACAACAGAUAGAAGCUGCAGAAAAAGUAAUAAAAUCCUACAAGGAGCAAGUUAAUGCUCUGGCAGCUGAAGUGUCCAAGACAAAGGAAUCUGUAAAGAAAGCAGAGGAGGAGCUGGACAAGCAGAAGGAAAUAAUUACAUUACAGGAUAAAGUAAUUGAAGCCAAAACAGCAGAGAUAACAAAAUACAGAGAAGAAAAUAAUGCAUUACAGCUUAAGGUUGAAACAUUAGAACACAACAUCAGAAGACAUCAACAAGAUGCUGCUGAUGCUACUGCCAAGGUGACCAGAAUGCUGAAAGAGCAUGAGUGGAUAGCUUCAGAGAAAUCACUUUUUGGUCAGCCAAACACUGUUUUUGACUUCAAAAGUAAUGAUCCGAAAGAAGCAUGUGAGGAACUGCAGAAAUUGCAGAAGAAAAAAGAGAAGCUGGGAAGGAGCGUGAACUUGAGAGCUAUGAAUGCACUUUCUGAGACAGAAGAGAGGUUCAAUGACUUAAUGAGGAAAAAAAGAAUUGUAGAGAAUGACAAGGCAAAAAUUAUUGCAGCUAUUGAAGAGCUUGACCAGAAGAAAAUUGAAGCUUUAAAUAUGGCUUGGGAAAAGGUGGAUAAAGACUUCGGUUUAAUUUUCUCAACACUUCUACCAGGAGCCAGAGCUAAACUAGAACCCUGUAAAACUGGUGAAGUCUUGACUGGUCUGGAGUUCAGAAUUGCUUUAGGAAACACCUGGAAGGAAAACUUAACAGAACUUAGUGGAGGACAAAGAUCAUUGGUGGCCUUGUCUUUGAUCUUAGCCAUGCUUCUCUUCAAACCUGCCCCAAUUUACAUCUUGGAUGAAGUGGAUGCAGCCCUUGAUCUCUCGCAUACCCAGAAUAUUGGGCACAUGAUUUACACUUACUUCAGACACUCUCAGUUUCUUGUGGUGUCCCUGAAGGACGGAAUGUUUAACAACGCCAAUGUCCUCUACAAGACAAGGUUUCUGGAUGGUGUAUCAACUGUCACAAGACUUGAGCAAAGGAGAAGUGUACCUGCUCACAGAGAACUCCCAAAAUUGUGUAAGGACAAUGAAGAAAGAUCUGAAACACUGGCAAACUUCUAAAUCAACUCCACAUGCCGUAACAAUUUCUUAAGUGUUCCCUGGCCCCAGUCUGUGCACUGUUCUUUGCUUGCUUUUUUAAAGUAUUUUGAAUCUUGAAUUGUGUGUGCUAGAUUUCUUUGCACCGUAGUAAGAAGUGAAACUUACCAAGAAUGUUGGCUGCACUAUUAGCUAAACUGGCUGCAUUUAUUCCUCUUGGUAUCCUGUAAGUAAUUCCUGUCAUUGCUCCAUGAGCAUUUAUGCAUAACCCUAUGUGAACAGUAGCUCUGUGAGAUCAACAAUAGGAACUGAAGCCUUUGAGGAAGAACUGCUUGUCUUAGGGUGUUCAUGGCCUCCAAAAUACCUGGUUUAAGUGCUAAAGCUCUUUCUAUUUUCUGUUGGCAUAUACCAGAGAAAAGUGGCCUAUCAUUUUUUAUUCUACUAGUUUAAGCAGCAAGCAAUCAACCUUUCUAACUCACAAGCUGUUUUUCUAAUUUUCCUACAGUAAUUUUUUCAAUAAACUACACAACCUGAUUGCA